AUGACGGGUCCGAAGAACUUCACCUCCCGUCAUUUUUGGUCCGGUUUCGAAUGCAAAAUACUGCCCUAUAAUUCCUAUAUUUACAAGCGGAAGGACGCGGUAGAGGAGGAGAAAGAGAAGCAAAAAAAAACAUAUAAAUGGAACCGCCACGAUAUCAAAUUAAAAGCGGCGAAUAGGUGUUGGGGAAGGAGAAUAGAAUCGAGAAACAUUUUAAAGCUUCUUGAAAAGGGAGCAUAAACUCCAUGUUAUUGGUCGAAGCUCAUAGGCCAGCCGGCGCGCAAACGUAGGGUGUCAGUGCAGGAGAGACAUAUACGAGGGAUUGAGGCCUUACCUGGAGGCGAGGCCGUCAGUUCAGGUUCCGAGCAACCGUUGGUCCUGAUCUGGGAUCGAGGCGAGCGUCACCGGUCGGUGUGGGCGCGCGGGCGGCCGUUGGUCGUCAGUCCGAGCUCGCGGGCGGCCGUUGGUCGUCAGUUCAAGCUCGCGGGCAGUCGCGAGGUGGAGAAUGAGGCCCCGCGCGAGCAAUGCUCGUGCCCCGUGAGAUGGAGCCCAAGGCGCAGCCGCCGCCGCCCCAGCAGCAGUUGGUCAUCCGCAUCAAGGUCCCGGACGGCGGCGAUGUGGACUGGAGCAUCCCGUUAGGCUCGCCCCUGCUCUUCAGAGAUGUGUUGGAUGUUAUUGGUCAGGUGUUGCCAGACACGACAACCACGGCGUUUGAAUAUGACGAUGAAGAUGGUGAUCGAAUCACAGUACGCAGUGAUGAGGAAAUGAAAGCCAUGUUAUCAUAUUAUUAUACCACUGUAACAGAGCAGCAAGUCAAUGGAGAAAUGAUUGAACCACUGCAGAUAUAUCCACGAGCCUGCAAGCCACCUGGGAAACGGAACAUACAUGGCCUGAAGGUAAAUACACGGGCAGGGUCCUCUAAUAAUAGCUGCCCGGCAGUCACAGAAGGCCUGCCGAACAAUAGGUUGAAGAAAUCUUCUGCCGAACUUAAGAAAAUACUGGCAAAUGGACAGAUGAAUGAACAGGACAUUCAGUAUCGAGAUAUCCUCGGUCAUGGCAAUGGAGGGACAGUAUACAAAGCUUACCAUGUUCCAAGUGGAAAAAUAUUAGCAGUUAAGGUUAUUCCUUUAGACAUUACACUUGAAGUUCAAAAACAAAUUAUGUCAGAGCUAGAAAUUCUUUAUAAGUGUGAUUCGUCGUAUAUAAUAGGAUUUUAUGGAGCAUUUUUUGUGGAAAACAGGAUAUCAAUAUGUACAGAAUUCAUGGAUGGAGGUUCUUUGGAUGUAUAUAGAAGAAUCCCUGAGCAUGUGCUAGGGAGAAUCUCUGUUGCAGUUGUGAAAGGCCUUACCUACCUCUGGAGCCUAAAGAUUUUGCACAGAGAUGUCAAACCCUCUAAUAUGCUAGUGAACACGCGAGGACAGGUCAAGCUGUGCGAUUUUGGAGUAAGCACCCAGCUGGUGAAUUCAAUAGCCAAAACAUAUGUGGGAACAAAUGCCUACAUGGCGCCUGAACGAAUAGCAGGUGAACAGUAUGGAAUACAUUCAGAUGUGUGGAGUUUUGGGAUCUCAUUUAUGGAGCUUGCUCUUGGGAGGUUUCCAUAUCCUCAGGUGCUAAGAUCUGGGGAAGUUCUGAAUGAAGUGAUUCAGAAAAACCAGGGAUCUUUAAUGCCACUACAGUUAUUGCAGUGCAUCGUUGAUGAGGAUCCACCAGUCCUUCCGGUUGGAGAGUUUUCUGAACCAUUUGUACAUUUCAUCACUCAGUGUAUGAGAAAGUUGCCAACAGAAAGACCUGCACCUGAGGACCUCAUGGUUCACCCAUUUGUGGUGCAGUACAAUGACAAGAACGCAGAGGUGGUUUCCAUGUGGGUUUGCAGAAUGCUUGAAGAGAGGCGCUCUCAACAGGGUAUCCAGUGACCAACCUCACCAGUCUCUACAGACAAAGGAUGUUAUGAAGAUAAUAAAAUCUCAACAGCAAAAGCAAUUUUUUUUUCCCCUCCAGUGUUGCCAGAUCAAUGUAGCUGAGUGUUCCGUGACCACAGCACGUCUUAUAUUAUCUCAUCUGAGCAGACAUCUGUAACUGUCCUCUGACUUGGCAGGUGGUCUCAAUUACAGCCAUCAUGGUAUGAUCUAUAGACUAUCUACAAAAAAGGUUGUAUCACAGGGGGGGCAACACAUUACAAGCAGCAGCGUCCAGGUUUUCACAUCUAAUUCACUGCACAGUUUAUGUAUGCCUGUUUGUCCUGUGUGAAUUCUGACAUAAUCUGCCCUGUAUCUGUAAACUGGUAGCAUUGUUACCAGAGAGACUGAUCUUGUCAUUGGACUAGAAGGAAUGAUAAACUUGGCAAGCAAGACAAGGAUCUGCCAUUCUCCACCAAUUGAACAAUUAAUAUUUUGGAUGUGUACUUAUUUUUCUGAAAAUACAUUACAGCAUUUUGGAAUGCAAGUAAAUAUAAGGCCUUAAGUUUAUUAUAUUCUUUGGUCAGGUUUGUAUCAAAAUUACAAACCUUUGAUCUGCAAUUAUGGUUUUUAAUAUUUGAUUGCGGUUUUGGAUAAGAUACUCACAUUAUGUACAGUCUUUUUGUUGAUAAAUUCAGUUAGAAUAUUUCCAUCUUCUAUUGUGCAUUGCACUGAUCGCUGUGGUAAUCUGUGUAGGCACACAAAUGCCUUACGUCAUAAUAAUGUACCUUUAUCAUGUUCCUUUGUUCAGUAAUGUGCAGUUUCUGCUGAUUUUCUAAAACUUUCAUUAAAUAAAGAAGUUACCAAAUGCCUAA